UUGAUAUUUGGAGGUUGUUUAUGGUGUGAGGUCAUUCUUCGUUCUGGUUCUUGAGUGAGAGUCCUAUGACUUCAUACCAUGAAUGACUUCGCUAAGUGCUUGUUCUAUUAUAGUCUUUUAGUCUCCCGGCCAAGAUGUCAGAUCUGAAUUGAGUGGAUUUCAUUUCCUGAUGCUUGAAUAUUCUGCCUUUAGUGUUGAUUAGGAUUGGAGGUCUUCUUGUGUUUUGUGUAGGGAAGUGCAAGGGUUGGGGGAUAACAUAGUCAGCACUUUCUCAAUCAUGAAUAUGGAAGGAAAUUAUUAUAUAGCCACCAGAGGUUUCUUCGUUUGUUCCGUGUCUGACGUCAUGUACAAGUUUCUGAUCUUACUACAGUCCAUACUUGUGGUGUACCUGAUCACCACAUAUGCACAAGUGCUUAACACGGAUAAUCCAGAUCGGCUCUUAUAUCUAGCAAACGAAGGUCGUCUGAUUGUCGCAGCAAAGGAUCGAUUGCUUGUUGUUCAUCCCGAGACGUUGAAUAUAGUAAAAGAUGUGGCCGUGAAGCCUUCUGAAGAUACAAUAACGACAUGCCGAAAUAAAGGAAGAACACAAGAAGUCUGUGCUAACUACCAUCGUGUGCUUCUAUCCAAAGACAACGACACUUUGCUCGUUUGUGGAACAAAUGCUUUUUCUGUUCGUUGUGAUUUCCGAUUUGCAUCAAAUCUUUCUGUGACUUCAGAGCAAGUGCCAACUGAUGGACAAUACCAGCAGCUGUCUGUGCCGAUUGACUUCUCUCUGUCUACGGUUGAUCCUUCGGCAGGCAAUGUUGCAAUGAUGUUGGAUGGCAAGUUUUAUGGUGCCAUUAAAUACGAUAGCACGAUACCCAAUAUGUUCUUCAAAGUAAAACUAAGUGGAUCGAGUCUAGCGAGAACCAAGUCAAGCAGCGAUGACUGGAUUUCAAGCAAAGACUUCUAUCCGAUCAAAAUGUUUGAGUACGGAGACAGCGUCUUCCUUGUCUACAGAGAGCAAGCCACAGAAGCAUCCGACAGCGAUGUCAUAUACACACGCAUCGCAAAAGUCUGCAAGGAUGAUAUUGGGACCGGUAGUAGCGUGCUGUACUCUUGGCAAUGGAAGACGUUUGUGAAGACAACCCUGAAAUGCUCUCAGAAAUACAGCUCCACGAGGCAAUACUCAUACAACGAGAUAGUGUCUGUAUCAGACGUUUUUGAGUUCAACGGACGGGCGCACAUCGUCGGCGUUUUCAGAAACAUUGAGACGGGACCGCCCGCGUCCGCCGUGUGCGUCUACGCGAUGGACGACAUUGUGAGCAACUACAACAAUCCAUAUUUAUACAAAUCAUCAACAAACGAGUGGGUCAAGUCGUUCAAUAUCCCGUCCAUCAAUUGUAACAAGAUCGGAUCGAGUCCGAGCUUGUACGUUUUGAUUUCUCAGCCGGUGACUCAACAGGCAAGCAUGCCGCUUCUUCUCAGCUCAUACACAGAGUCGAGUUUGCGUUUGAGUCACGUCGUUGUCGUGCCGUCUGUGAUGGCGUUGAAUGGCAGCGAGUGUUUUGUGUUGCUACUCGGAACCGAGGAUGGGUAUGUGGAACGCAGCUGGAGCUGUGGGGUUUAUGCGGAAGUUUUUUAUAAGGAGAGAGUUUUUGAUGGCGAGAAGGCGGUGAAGGGAAUGACGAGAGCCGAGUUGUCAGGACGAAGAGAAGACGUGAGUGUCUACGUGUCCAGCUCAACCCAAGUUCGUCGAAUGUCUCCAUUCGCAUGCAACUACGACAACACAAAGAGUUGUGUGCAUGAUCCUCUCUGUGCAUGGUCCACAUCUCACGAGCGAUGCUUCAUUCGACCUCAUGAUUACACGAACAUCAACAAUGCGUCGAUAAAGUAUCCGGAUCUCACUGUUGAUUCCAAGUAUGUGCCAGUUCGUCCAUCUGGAAAUGUGAUCAGAACACCAACCGCUCGAAGCACAGCAACGACUGCACCAUCAACGAGUACCACUGAUACCAAGAAAGUCGAACCCAACUGCUCCACAAUACAUUUAGUUGACAACACCAUCGACAUCGGCAGUCAAUUGGGAAACAAGGACAGCAGCGGUGGUCUAUCGUUUGGUGUGGCACUCGCCAUCGGAGUCGCAAUCGGCAUUGUCGUCACAAUAGCGGUGGUCAUCAUUCUUUGGAAGCUAGUAAACACUGGCAAAAUGGGCAGCUGGAGUCCUCGGAGACAGAAACCACAGAAACACGCGGAGACCGAAAACGGACAUACGGAGAACAGAAACGCAGCAGAACACCAAUCCAGCGGCGCAAAACUUAAGGUCAGUAUGCCGCCGAGUUGUGAGACGAUACUCGAGACGGGCGGAGAUUACGCCAACACGCAUGCUCAGACGUCGCCCAACGAUGUACGUGUCGGUAACGGAAGUGUGCAGGAUGCGGCACUGACGCUGUCGCCGCCAUUACGACAGGGCACGAACGUGUGCGAACGAACCGUCUCGCUGCAGUCGACGUCGAGCGACAAGCCGCUGUUGCCCAGUCCAAACUGAGUAAUGGAAUCACAACUGGACUGUUGUGUUCAUCAUCUAUCUAGCUAUCUUCAAGUGUUGCCCUCAUUGUAUGCACUUGCUGUCGGCAAUCUUUGUGUCCGAUUGUGUAUAUAUAUUGAUUUUUAGUGUUUUGCGAUAUAUAUCUAAUUAGGGUUGAACUGUGAUUGAGCAGUUAGUAUUGUAUAAACCCGGUUGGGUAUCUAGACGCGUUGCCACAUAGUUACGACUCUAGAAAUAUUGUUACGUAGCGACUACACGGCAACAUCAUAUUUGUUGAAUAAUUUAUUAUUACACCGACUUA